GCUUACCUUACACUUAACCAGAGGCAGGGUACGAGUAGACGGGGUUCCGGGUAUACUUCAGCUUGGGUCGCAAUAAUUAAGAAUCAGAAUCAGUGUGCGACAGGGAAAUUGGUCGAGCGGUUAACUGCGAGGUGUGUUUCAACUGCUAGAGGCUUGAGAUGUUAGUACGCCGUAGUAACACAAUUCCGCUGCCCUUUGUUGCCUGUAAGAGUCCAACCGACUGCCCCUUCAGCAUCAGCUGCAAUGAGCAUAGCGACUCUUGUGACUGCAGCGACAUCCUCAACAUGCAAGUGGGAGACCUGAAGAGGAACUGCAGCAUGGCAUUUGAGCCACAGUGUCCAGUUGGAACGUUCGGAGUGUUCUGCGAGUAUAAGUGUCCUCGAGGCUGUGAGCGAAAUAACAAGAAUGGCAGUUGUGUGCGACUUCAGGGCACGUGUGACGACUUCGACAAAGAGCAGGAUGCUGUGCUGACUGCCUCUCGCUACUGGUACAUCAUCCUUGCAGUGGGAGUGUUUCUAGUCUGUUUACUGUUCUUAAUCUACUUGAUCGACUACGUCUGCGAAAAACGAAGGGAGAAAAAAGCGGCCAAAGUAGUCCGGGUGCCUCGAAAGUCCAGAAUGGUGGCUAAUACCAAACGCAAGUCCAAGCAUAGUGUGUUGGAAGACAGAGAUCUGCCAGUGGACAACGCCAUUCACGAGUCCAGAAGCUACCAGACUGAGAAUCCCAGAGACAGAGACAAGUGAGAUUUAGAGGCAAGAUUCGCAAUCCCUGAGAGU